AUGGUACUUUGCAAAUUACUGACACCAUAUUCUAUACUGUCAAUUUUGAGCGUCGGCGUAUACACGGCGACCGCCGCGCCAUCGCCCGGUAUCCAAAUGACGGAAAAUACAAAUCAAGAUCACCAUGAGCAUGUCAAGCGUGGAGGAACGUGUACAUUUCCUAACUACGAUGGAAUGGUCGCAGUGCAAAAAGGUGGAUCCAAUGCUGGAUGGGCUAUGAGUCCCGAUCAAGAAUGUUCCUACGGUUCAUGGUGCCCUUACGCGUGCAAGCCAGGCCAAUUAAUGGGGCAGUGGGAUCCGUCGGCCACCACGUACUCUUACCCUAAGUGUCAGAACGGUGGUCUGUAUUGUGAUUCUAACGGUAACUUACAAAAGCCAAACAGUGAUAAAGAUUACUGUUAUGAUGGUAAGGGAACCGUCGUAGCGAAAAACAACGCUAACAGCGGUGACGUUGCAUUCUGCCAGACGGUGCUCCCGGGCAAUGAAGCCAUGUUGAUCCCAACUUUAGUUGGUUCUGGAUCGAAGCAAACGUUGGCUGUGCCUGGUACGGACUACUGGGCCUCCACAGCGUCGCAUUACUACGUGAAUGCUCCCGGUGUAAGCGUAGAGGAUGCAUGCCAGUGGGGUAGUAGUGCCAAUCCACAGGGUAACUGGGCCCCAUAUGUAGCGGGCUCCAACAUGGAUGACAAUCAGAACACGUUUGUGAAGAUCGGUUGGAAUCCUGUCUAUCUGGAAUCUUCUUGUCCGUUUAAGAACGUGAAACCCUCUUUCGGCAUUAGAAUCACCUGCGACGAUGAGUCUCAGUGUGAAGGCCUGCCAUGCUCAAUCGACCCAAGUUCCAAUGGGGUCAAUGAAGUGACAAGUUCUGGUGGUGGUUCCUCUGGAGCCGGUGGUGGAAACUUCUGUGUUGUCACUGCCAGAAACGGCGCCAAGGCCAAUAUCGAAGUGUUUGAUGCCGGCUCAUCUAAAAGCAAGAGGGAAGUGAAUCCACUAGACAGUCUCACCACCACAGUUACUGAGACCAAGUAUGAGACUAUCACAGUUACGGCCAAGGUUUAG